AUGACAGACCAGGAGAAUAACAACAACAUCUCAAGUAACCCCUUUGCUGCUCUUUUUGGCUCCUUGGCUGAUGCCAAACAGUUUGCAGCAAUCCAAAAAGAGCAGCUGAAGCAGCAGUCUGAUGAACUCCCAGCCAGCCCAGAUGACUCGGAUAAUAGUGUGUCAGAGAGCCUGGAUGAAUUUGAUUACUCUGUGGCUGAGAUCAGCCGCUCAUUCCGUUCACAGCAGGAAAUAUGUGAGCAACUCAACAUCAAUCACAUGAUCCAAAGGAUCUUCCUCAUCACUCUGGACAACAGUGACCCAAGCCUGAAAAGUGGGAAUGGCAUCCCCAGCCGGUGUGUGUAUUUGGAAGAAAUGGCAGUAGACCUGGAAGAUCAAGACUGGCUUGAUAUGAACAACGUAGAGCAGGCUGUCUUCACUCGCUUAUUACUUCAAGAUCCAGGCAACCACUUGAUUAACAUGACUUCUUCUACAGCAUUGAAUCUCUCUGCUGAUCGAGAUGCAGGGGAGAGGCACAUUUUUUGUUACCUUUAUUCCUGCUUUCAGAGAGCCAAGGAAGAGAUUACCAAAGUUCCAGAGAACCUGCUACCCUUUGCAGUACAGUGCAGGAACCUCACUGUGUCCAAUACCCGAACAGUCCUUCUCACCCCAGAGAUCUAUGUUGACCAAAACAUCCACGAGCAGCUGGUAGAUUUGAUGUUGGAAGCCAUCCUAGGAGGCAAUUUUGAAGGUGUAGCUGAGUUUCUGGAUGAGGUCAUCGAAGCCUUGAUAUUAGAUGAGGAAGUUCGAACAUUUCCAGAAGUCAUGAUUCCAGUGUUUGAUAUUUUAUCAAGCCGAAUCAAAGAUCUAGAACUCUGCCAGAUCCUGCUGUAUGCGUAUCUGGACAUUCUUCUCUAUUUCACUAAGAAGAAGGAUAUGGCCAAGGUUUUUGUAGACUACAUUCAGCCCAAGGAUCCAAGUAAUGGACAGAUGUACCAGAAGACCUUGCUAGGAAUAAUCCUGAAUAUCUCCUGCUUAUUAAAGACACCAGGAGUCAUAGAAAAUCAUGGCUACUUCCUGAACCCAUCUCGUUCCAGUCCCCAGGAGAUCAAAGUACAAGAGGCCAACAUUCAUCAGUUCAUGGCUCGGUUCCAUGAAAAGAUCUACCAGAUGCUGAAGAACCUACUCCAGCUCUCUCCAGAAACCAAACACUGUAUCUUGUCCUGGCUCGGAAACUGUUUGCAUGCAAACGCAGGCCGCACCAAGAUUUGGGCCAAUCAGAUGCCAGAAAUCUUCUUCCAAAUGUAUGCCUCGGAUGCCUUCUUUCUGAAUCUGGGUGCUGCUCUCCUGAAGCUAUGCCAGCCAUUUUGCAAACCCAGAUCCUCUCGGCUCCUCACCUUUAAUCCUACUUACUGUGCCCUGAAGGAGUUGAAUGAUGAAGAACGAAAAAUUAAAAAUGUACACAUGAGAGGUUUGGACAAAGAGACAUGUUUGAUUCCAGCUGUACGGGAGCCAGAGUUUCCCCAGAACUACAACCUUGUAACAGAGAACCUUGUCCUGACGGAGUACACCUUGUACUUGGGAUUUCACAGGUUGCAUGAUCAGAUGGUAAAAAUCAACCAGAAUCUGCAUCGGCUGCAGGUAGCCUGGCGGGACGCUCAGCAGAGUUCCAGCCCUGCUGCUGACAACCUCCGGGAGCAGUUUGAACGACUGAUGACCAUCUAUCUUUCUACCAAGACGGCCAUGACUGAGCCGCAGAUGCUGCAAAACUGCCUAAACUUGCAGGUGUCCAUGGCUGUUCUCCUGGUUCAGCUGGCCAUAGGCAACGAGGGCUCACAGCUGAUGGAGCUGACUUUCCCUUUGCCAGAUGGCUACAGUUCUUUGGCUUACGUGCCAGAAUUUUUUGCAGAUAACUUGGGCGAUUUCCUCAUUUUUCUCCGUCGCUUUGCCGAUGACAUCUUGGAGACAUCGGCAGAUUCCUUGGAACAUGUCCUUCAUUUUAUCACCAUUUUCACUGGAAGCAUAGAAAGGAUGAAGAAUCCCCACCUAAGGGCCAAACUGGCUGAGGUGUUGGAAGCAGUGAUGCCCCACAUGGAUCAGACCCCAAAUCCCUUGGUAUCCAGUGUCUUCCACCGGAAACGUGUGUUCUGCAACUUUCCCUAUGCAUCCCACCUUGCAGAAGCUCUCAUCAAGGUCUUUGUGGACAUUGAGUUUACAGGAGACCCCCAUCAGUUUGAGCAGAAGUUUAAUUACCGCCGCCCCAUGUAUCCCAUCCUCAAGUACAUGUGGGGAACAGAUACCUAUCGAGAGAGCAUUAAGGAUUUGGCUGACUAUGCCUCUAAGAAUUUAGAAGCCAUGAAUCCUCCACUUUUCCUCCGCUUUCUUAACCUGCUAAUGAAUGAUGCCAUCUUCCUUCUGGAUGAAGCCAUACAGUAUUUGAGCAAGAUAAAGAUUCAGCAAAUUGAGAAGGACCGAGGUGAAUGGGACAGUCUGACUCCAGAAGCCCGCCGAGAGAAGGAGGCUGGCCUACAGAUGUUUGGACAGUUAGCACGUUUCCAUAACAUCAUGUCCAAUGAAACAAUCGGUACCCUUGCGUUUCUGACAUCAGAGAUCAAGUCCCUCUUUGUACAUCCUUUCCUGGCCGAGCGCAUCAUCUCCAUGCUGAACUACUUCCUGCAGCACCUGGUUGGCCCCAAGAUGGGGGCCUUAAAAGUCAAGGAUUUCAGUGAAUUUGACUUCAAACCCCAGCAGCUCGUUUCAGAUAUCUGCACCAUCUACUUAAAUCUUGGGGACGAGGAGAAUUUCUGUGCCACUGUGCCCAAGGAUGGCCGUUCCUAUUCCCCAACUCUCUUUGCACAGACAGUCCGAGUCCUGAAGAAAAUUAAUAAGCCUGGGAAUAUGAUUGUGGCUUUCAGCAACUUAGCAGAGAGAAUCAAGUCCCUAGCAGACCUCCAACAGCAGGAAGAGGAAACCUAUGCUGAUGCCUGCGAUGAGUUCCUGGACCCCAUCAUGAGCACACUGAUGUCUGACCCUGUGGUGCUGCCGUCCUCCAGAGUGACUGUGGACAGAUCCACCAUUGCCAGACAUUUACUCAGUGACCAAACAGAUCCCUUUAACCGUAGUCCCCUCACCAUGGACCAGAUCCGGCCAAACACAGAACUAAAAGAAAAAAUCCAACGGUGGCUUGCAGAGAGGAAACAACAACAGAAGGAGCAACUUGAAUAA